GUUUAUUAUAGAGUUCAGUGCAAAAAGUAUUGAAAAAAAAAAACACUGAAAAACCCACUGAACUCUAUAAUGGAAGAAAACAGUGAAACACAGUGAUAAAUCCCGUUGAUAUUAUUUGGGUCAUUCCACGUCGCCUGAUUCCAUUGGGGGCGCCUGAUUCCUGAGCCUUCGAGGAACGUGGAGCUGGCUGUGGACUGACUGCAUGGAAUACUUGGUUGGAAGUACCUCCAGCCUGCUUAUCCACUGUUAAGCAUGUCUGCUGCAAGAAGGGCAUCUGACUUUGUGACAAGCCCGAUGAUGAAGCACACAAAUGGCCAGGUCUCGAAUGUGCCGUUCAUUAUUGGAGUUGGAGGAGGAACGGCUUCAGGAAAGUCGACGGUGUGUAAACGCAUCAUGGAGAGGCUGGGCCAGGAGGCGAUCGAGCAGGAGCACCGCCGGGUGGUCUGCAUCAGCCAGGACAGCUUCUACCGCAACCUGAGCUCGCACCAGUCGGAGCUGGCCCGGCGCGGACAGAUCAACUUCGACCAUCCCGGUCAUAUGAGUUGUCGGAGAGGAUACUUUUCACGCGCUCGAGUUCCUGAUGAAGAAGUUCCCACGUCGAACAUUUAG